ACCAAACCCCAAAGCUCCCGCGCGAGGCUGAGCAAGUGGCGGCGCAGCGCAUCCACACCAGACAAUAGCAGGAGAGGAGGGAAGCCGCCGCCGCCGCCAUGGGUAUCUCACGUGACUCCAUGCACAAGCGCCGCGCCACCGGCGGCAAGCAGAAGGCAUGGAGGAAGAAGCGAAAGUAUGAGCUCGGCCGUCAGCCUGCUAACACUAAGCUCUCCAGCAACAAAACAGUUAGGAGGGUGCGUGUCCGUGGAGGUAAUGUGAAGUGGAGGGCCCUCCGUCUGGAUACUGGCAACUAUUCAUGGGGAAGUGAGGCUGUGACCCGCAAGACCCGUAUCCUUGAUGUGGUCUACAAUGCAUCCAACAAUGAGCUUGUGAGGACUCAGACCCUUGUGAAGAGUGCCAUUGUGCAAGUUGAUGCUGCCCCCUUCAAGCAGUGGUACCUCACUCACUAUGGAGUGGACAUCGGUAGGAAGAAGAAGACCCCUGCUGCCAAGAAGGAUGGUGCUGAGGGGCAGGAGGGUGAAGCUGCGGCUGAGGAAACUAAGAAAAGCAACCAUGUCCAGAGGAAGCUUGAGAAGCGCCAACAGGGACGCACACUUGACCCCCAUAUUGAAGAACAAUUUGGCAGUGGAAGGUUGUUGGCCUGCAUUGCUUCCCGCCCUGGGCAGUGUGGACGUGCUGAUGGAUAUAUCCUCGAGGGGAAAGAGCUGGAGUUCUACAUGAAGAAGCUCCAGAGGAAGAAGGGCAAGGGCGCGGCAGCUUAGAGCGCAUGUCUUCUGAAGUUGGUUUUGAACCGGAAAAAUUGUCCUUUUGUGUUACCUGGAUACUGUUGGUUUUUGUCUGAGAGAAUCUAUUUUAUGUUUGCAGACAAAUGAUUGUUUUUGUCCCGGAAAUGAACACUACAUCAAGGACACAGAAUGUUUGUGUCCUGGAUAGUAGAUUAAUAUAUGUACUUCUGACGAGUAGUACAUAAUUUGGGUA